ACAAAACACAUUUCUGAUCUGAUCUUCAUCAAGAAUGGCUCAUUAUCAUGUGAACCCAUCAUUUCUCCUGCUUUUCUUCAUCACUCUAUCGCCGGCAGUGAUCAACAUGGUUCAAACCGAGGCCAGAAACCUCCUGGAAAUAACUUUGCCUCAACUCCCCUUUCCUGAAAUCCCAACAAUAUUACCUAAACCUGAAAUACCAAGCUUGCCAGAAAUUCCAAAACCUGAGCUACCAAGUUUGCCAAAGCCUCAACUCCCUGAAAUUCCACACCCGGAGCUUCCAUCCAUUCCAAAGCUGCCUGAAUUCCCAGAAAUUCCAAAACCUGAGCUGCCUGCAUUUCCCAUCCCAUCGAAGCCAUGAUUAAGUUCUUAAACGCCUCGCCUGCCUGCAUAUAUGUUCUCUGAUCUGAUCCGCCAUUCUCUGAAUGUUUACAGUUUGUUUUACGUUGUUCUCUCAGUUCGUCCUACUCCUCUUUCAACUCCUAUGUAACGCUGGCAUGCAUGCCCUUGCUUCUGUACUUUAAUUGUUGUUGUGUUUUAUUAAUUAUAACAUUUUUAGUUAA